CAUGAAACAGGGUGACCGCGUUCCUUGUAUAAUCAUUCAUGAUAUGAUACAACCACUGCUGGCCCACUGCUUGCCUCGUGUUCAAACCCUUGUCAACUUGCAAUGUCCUUCAAAAGCUUCAAGUAUGGAACGAAUCGUUCCAGUAUUCGUGGUUUCCUUGCAGCCGUUUUCCGUCCUUUCAUGAGUUCUCCUUCUGAUGCCCCCGGCGUGUUCACGUCGGGCGAUAGUAAAAAUGACGUAGGACAAUGGCAGAUGCUCCUCCUGGGCAACGAGCUUUCUUCGCAAUGCCAGCUUGAACGCGUUGUUUACUGCAAAUGCACCGGCAGCAAAGAACACGAAUUUUUACUCCUCCAUUUUCGCCAUCCUACACAACAGUACGCCGUCGCGAUCUUAGUUCUAGACCGAACGCUAUGCACAGAUUCUACAGAGAACAACAAUGGCUCGUCAAGACGUAUGCAGUCCUCAUACGUAGUCUCUCCAUCAGUUUCUCCAACCCCCGCUCGUGAUUCCAUCUUCACUACCCCAAAUAACGGUUCUGCUAUCGAAUCGUAUCUAUCCAAAACAUACGGCCCGUUCAAGAAGCUUUGUUACCUCGACUUCCCCGCCUCCGCUCGCCCUUCCGCAAUUCAAGUAUCCGUGCUCUUGUCCGCUCUCAGUAAGCAUUCUCCGUCAUACGACCUGUACCAAUACCAGUGUUACUGGUAUGCCCAUACCGUCUGGGAGGCCCUCAAAAGGCUCUUCCCAGAUUGCUACGAGACAACGGAGAGCGAGGGGCGCUCCUGUUAUCUCGGGAUCAAGAUAGAGAAGGCAGACAGCGUGGAGGUGGUGUGUGAGCAGUAUCACACCCAGUGGGCGCGCAUCGAGAAUGCGGCAGAAGAGAGGAGGAGAGCAAAGGAAGAUGAAGUACGGCAGCUGCGGAUGGAAGAACGGGCUCAAUGUCAAGCGGAGAUUGACCAAGCGACGAGGAAAGCAAACGAAGCGACGAGGCAAAAGGAGGAGGCAGUAAGGAGAGCGGAGAUAGCGGAGAGGAUGAUAGAAGAAGCGAAGAGGAAAGCAGAGGAGGCAGAACGGAAAGCAGAGGAGGUUAGGGCUGAGUGGCAAGCAGAAAUGGACCGAAUGCGAGCCCAACUCGAGCGCCAGGCAGUGUGAUACCGACUCUGCGAUCGACAGGGCUAGUUCUCAUCAGCAUUACCGCUGCAACGCAUGAACGAGCUGUAAUCAGUGUGAAGCACGUGGCUAGUUUGAGUCACAGAAGAGCAACCGGUGCCAAUAUUUGUCGAUGUUGCUCGUGUCAUAUUGUUCUAAUACGAGGCCCGUCAAUCGUAUCGACCAGUGACAUCCCAGCAGUAAACAAUCUGACGAUUUUGGCUGCUACGCCAUCUCUUAGAUAGUGGAAUUGUAUAUCACGACCGCUGCCAGGUUGGAGAGGACCC